GAAAUAGGUUGUGCAACAAAUUUUUUAACACCUCUAUUUAAAUUAAUAUUUACAUAUAAAAGUCCCUAAUUUUGGUUGAUCCCUCUGAUAAUGAGAGUUUACUAUCAUUUGUGCUUUGCUUACUCUGUGCCUGUAGUGUUUUAACGAGAGCGUUACCGAUGGGAGAUAAACAAGAACCGAUUGAAGGUGAGGUACCUAAAGGUCAAUACUGCUUUAAGACGACUCCUUCUGACCUUAAAUCUAUUGAGCAUGGUUGGAUCAUCUUGCCAACAACCGAAAAUGAAAAAAAAAUUGAGGUUGAGGCCUCCUUUUUGUACUUUGCAAAUCUAAAAGUCGCCAUAAAUGUUCACGAGAAUUUGUUACGACUCAAAGGUGAGAGAUUCCUUAGGUCACAUUUCAUCAUUGAAAGGAACGAGGGCAUCUGGGUUGCUGUGGAAAAAAUUGAGUGUAGUUUAGAGGAGUAUAAGAAUUCACAUGGGUUUAGUUUGGACAAUCCAGAAGCACGUCUUCCCCCAAACUAUCAACUCAUCAUUCGUGAUAUUAUAAUGGGUUUGUGUCAAAUUCAUCAACAAAAACUCAAUCAUGGAAACUUCUCCAGCAAACAUAUUAUGAUUAUCAAAGACCGGGCGAAAUUUGGGUUCAUAACAAACUGUAAAUAUGAUUCUGGAGACUCUGAUUUUACAAAGUUGAAGGAAAUAUUCGCUGAUGUUCUUGGUCGGAUACCAAAUCACGUUGAGUUGAUGCAUUUUCAUGAGAGUGCAAAAACUAACCAUUGGUAAGUACUCUCUUGUACUUUUGUUCUUCAAAAUCGUAUAUGAAUGUUCCUUCUCUUAUUUAUUUUUGGACAAAUUACAUCAGUGAUUUCUAUAUUUUAUUUUUUGUGUUAUUUUGAUUUCUAUUAUUUCAACUAUCCAGAUUUUAACAUUUAAUUUAAAUUUUGUGCAAAAUUGGUUCAAUUGAUAACGCUGAUCAGAGUUUUUUUUUUAAAAAAAAUAAUUAUUAAAUUAAUUAAAAUUAACUCACUAAGUUGAAUAAUUUACAAUUUUCCUACGGAAAUAUUACUCUGUUGGAGUAGUUGGCUCAGAUCAAAGCUUCAAGGAAGGUUGGCCAAGGAAGUCAACAAUGGUGGGUGCCAAACUUGCCAAACCCACCAACCAAGCUUUCACACUUCUUCAUAUUUGUGUAUAAAUAGGGAGAGGUAGGAGGGAGUUCAGUGUGUGAGUAAAAGAGAGAAUAUAGAGAGCAGAGAGAGAAUAAGAGAGUGUAAUUUUUUGUUCCAAAUUUAGUAAAUUCUGCUGCCCAUGGACGUAGGCGAUUUGUCAAAACAUGUAAAUCUUUGUGUGAUUGUUUUCUGACCCUUAGGCAUAAUAAAUUGGUAUCAGAGCAUUGUUGUGCGAAAAAUAAAGUGUUUUUCUGUAAAUUGAAGAUUUCAAAGUUGUCAAAAACAAGUUUUCAGCUUACCAAGACGUACGUCUUGACCAGAGAAGUCUAGACCCAGAAAGAUCAACCCAAGAGGAGAUUUUACGUGCUCUCACGCGUCAUGCUAGAGUUUCGCCGGAGACUUGUCGGAAAGUUCAGUUCGGCAUAGUAGCCUGACACCAAACCUGAAAGCUUUAAAUAUUACUUGUGAAACAAUCUGGCAGAAGUUCAUACCUAGCAGAGUGGUAAAAUUUUUGGUUUAAACCCUCAAGGCCGAGGGAUCAAAACCUUUGGCAAACAAAUUUUCAAUAUUUUUGGAAGCUGCCAUGUCACCACCAACUCAUCGACACGUCAUCAUCCUAGUCAGUCGAAAUUUCUAAAAUUGCAGUGAGGCUCCUAAAAGUGUGGAAAAUUGCGUUUCACCCCUAACCUUGCUGAAAUUACAAUUUAGCCCCCUAAAACAUUAAAUUACAGUAAGGUCCCUAGAGUUUUGAGAAAUUGCAAUUUGGCCCUUGAAUUUGUAGAAACUUUUAUUGAGGUCCUUGGAGAGGUGGAGAAAAUACUUUCUUAGCUAAAUCAAUCAUUCCAGAUGCAAUCGUGGAUUCUGUUUUUUGAGAUUCGAACCUGAUCUUUCAUAGAAGUUUUGGAGAGUUUAGAAGUUGUCGUGUUCUAAACAUUUCAAGCGUCCGCAAUUGUUUAUGGUAGAGAUUUUAUUGAGAAGUCUCAAUGACAGAAUCUACAGAGACGAGAUCAGCCGAGUCCACAAGUAACCCAGCUACUACAAGUAGCUCUAGGCAUUGGACUCCGGUGUCCCAUACUAAGUUCGAUGUAGAAAAGUUUGAUAGAAGCACUAACUUCGGCAUGUGGAAAUGCGAAGUUAAAGACAUACUUGUCUAGAUGAACCUGCAUUUCAUUCUGGAAGACAAACCAGAGUGCUUGGACGAGUUUGAGUGAAAGAAAGUUAAUCUCUUGGCUUACAGUUCCAUCUGACUUUGCCUUACAAAGGAGGAGAAAUACGUCUUUACAAAAUGUGAUACUGCGAAUGAGCUUUGGAAGGCGCUGGAAGACAAGUUCAUGACAAAGAGCAUUGAGAACCGGCUCUUCUAGAAGAAGAGGUUGUUUCGUUUCGAUUACAAGAAAUGUAUUUCGAUAAACGAAUACCUGAACAAUUUCAACAAAAUUCUUGCCGAUUUGAAAAACCUGGAUGUUCAAAUCGAUGAUAAAGAUAAAUCACAAUUAUUGUUGAAUUCCUUGCCUGACACAUAUGAUCAUCUCACUACCACUUUACUGUAUAGUACAGAAAAGAUCAAGUAUGUUGAUAUUUCAAACGCCUUGGUAAAUAAUGAGUUCAGAAGGAAAGAUAAGUCUGCAAACAGGGACUCAGUAUCAAAGGCAUAGAAAGUCAGAGGAAAGUCUCGCUCAAAAUCCAAAAUGAGAUCAUCAGACAGAAGACGUCUUGCAAAAGACAAGUGUGCUGCUUGUCGCCAAAAGGGGCAUUGGUCAAAAUAUUGUCACAAUAAAAACAAGAAAGAGGAAAAUGUGAACGUUGCACGAGAUGGAGAUAAUGGUAAAGGAUCAGUUUUCACAGUUUCAUUACUUGGCUAUUCUGAUAAAUGGAUUCUAGAUUCUAGAUGUUCCUACUACAUGUGUCCUAACAAACGGUGGUUCUCGAGCUUACGAGAGUUCAAUGGUGAAGUUGUGCUGAUGGGCAACGACCAAGCUUGCCAGACAAAAGGGAUUGGAACAAUUCGACUGAAGAUGCAUACUGGAACAAUCAGAAUUCUCGAAGAUGUUCGGUGUGUGCUAGAUUUGACGAAGAAUCUCAUCUUAGUGGGAGUUUCAGACUCCAAAGGUUAUAGAGUAACUGUGGAAGGUGGAGUCGUCAAAGUUGUACGAGGAGCAUUUGUUGCAAUGAAGGGUACUCGGAAGGGAAAUUUAUAUUUUCUAAACAGCUUUACAGUCACAUGGAGAGUGGCUGUCUCUACCAGUUUAGUGGAUGGUGCAUUAGACACUUCCAGACUUUGGCACAUGCGCCUAGGGCAUGUCGAUGAGAAGACUUUACAAGGGUUGGUAAAGCAAGGCUUGUUGAAAGGCGUCAAGACAGGGAAGCUUAAGUUCUGCAAAGCAUUGUGUACUGGGCAAGCAAACAAGAAUCAAGUUUGGUACUGAUAUUCAUCGUACCAAAGGGAUUCUAGACUACAUUCACACCGACGUAUGGGGUCCUUUCAAAUAAAGGUGUGCAUGGUGCGGUUCGGAUGGUUUAAGAGUAAAAUUAUAAACCGAAUGGCGGAUUAGCGGAUUAAUAGAUUGACAAAUUGCGGUUUGAGCGAUUUUGGGCGGAUUGGUAGAUUGAAGAAUAUUUUGACCAAUUAUCAAGCCUUUGCAUAAUAUAUAACACUAUUUUACAUAAUAUUUUUUAUAUAUAUAACUACUGAUUUGUAAUAAAUUUCACAUAUUAAAUUUAUUUCACACUCAUUUUUUUUUGAUAUUUCAUUACAGGUUAAAAAAUAUAUAUGUAUUAACUAUAGCAAAGCGGAGCGGCUUCGAAUGCGAUUUAUAAAUUUUAAAGUUUAAACCACGGUUAACGGAUAGAGCGGUGCAGAUUGAUACGAAUUGGUGCGGUUUUAAUAGAUUGGACGAUAUUUUGCACAACUGUCACGACCUAAACCCGCCCCUAUAGGUUCGACGUUGUAACUGGCCAGUAAUCUUGGGAUUACCAAAGGUCUCAAAACAGAUUAACACAUAGUAAGGGGCUGCAGAAGCAGAUAUAUAAAACAUACAUAGUCCAUUGUGUUGUGCAGACAUAUAUGGGACAAGAAUCAAAAACUUUAUCUUUGCACAUACGUAACGUCAUAUUUAUAUCAGUUAUGCUUCACACACACAUAUAUAGAUAAAUGAAGUUGGGGAUUAGCCCAAUAUAUAGAUAUAUGGAAACUUGUUCAGAUUUCGAUAAAAAGAAAACAGAGCUUUAAACUUAAUUCGCAAAACUCGACCAUAUGACUUUUUUUAGAACCUCCUCAGGAGGCAUAAGGGUUGGUCGACAAAACAAAAUUCCAAGCAAUCAUCAUUGAGCCUGGUCCCGUAUCUGAUCACCUACAUACAUAAAUAAUACAGUGAGGUGGAGCCUAGUGAAUAAUAACAGAGUAAAGUGGCUUAAAUGAAUGAUGUCCCAUAUCAGAUUUGGAAAGCAGAUUCAUGUUUAUCUCAGAAACAGAAGGAGAUUCGCAUUCACAUUCUUAUUUAAAUCAUAUACAGAAAUCAGAGUUCAUGCUUAAUCACACGCGGUACAUCCAUUAAUGCUAACAGAAUAGAUGUAGAACAGAUACAGAACAGAUAGUGGUUAUGAGUAACUAGUUCCAUAAAGGAACCUCCGGAUCUGGGUAACAGAGAAUAGACAUGCUGAGCUCCAUGAUGGAGCUUGCGGUACAAGUAACAAAUU